GAGAACUCGCUGACCGGCCGUGACAUCCCGUGGUCGAUCCUACUGGCGUAGAUGGCGAUGGGCAAGAAGCCGAGCAAGGUUGACGGCGCGGCGUGCCGGCGGCACUGGCGGCAGGGGGCGCCCGGGGUGUGCCCGCUCUGCCUGCGGGAGCGCCUGUCGGGCCUCUCAACCUCGGCGUCGCUGCCGUCCGUCGUCGCGCGCGGGGAGGCGGCUUCUCGCUCCUCCUGCUGCUCGGACUCGGACUCGGAGGCGUCGUCUACGGAGGCGUCCACCGGCGCGUCGUCGGGGUCCGCGAGCCCCGGGUUCCACCGGGAGAUCAGGCGCGCCGCGAGGCCGUCGCUGCUGAUGCGCCACGAGCGGGUGGUGACCGUGGACGGCGACGAGGCGGUGCUGGUGAUGAGAAGGAGGAGGGAGAGGCCAGCCACGAGCUUCUGGACGAAGCUUCUGCGCGCGGCGACCGGGGGCAAGAAGGCCGUCGACGGAUGCUCGCUGGCGCAUUCCAAGACGAUCGAGGCCGCGGACAGGAGCAGCGCAGCUGCCACGAAGUGGAUCGUAUUCUAGCUAGUUCUGCCUUUUGUCUGCGACCAUUUUUCCGGCUUAAUCCGCUGUUCGGUGUGGUUUUUGACUCCGGCCGUCAGGGCCGGAGAGAUCGACAGUUAAUUAGAUCCAUGGUAUGUACAUAUUUCAAGGAAAUAACAUGGCUUCAUUGAACUGUGUUA